AAUUGUAACAGCAAAAGCAAACACUGUCAAUAUUCACAUAAAAAAGGCCCAUUUUUUUGUAAUAAAAAAUGCAUAGACAUGUUUUACACUAUAAAUCCACAUUAGACUGUGAUCAUUAAACUGUUUGUCUUGGCCAGAGUAAGGAAGAAGUUCCUCGUGGCGCUGGGGGAGGGUUUAAGCAGAAAUUCCCACUUGCUUCUUUCAUAAUGUUGAUUGCUGCUCAGGCAGAAAGCUGUUCUUUGUUUGUGCAGCUUAAUCUAGAGUAUUGCACCAAGGAGCUAAAAACCUGAAACCUGUGCAGACGGCAGGAUGUGGUCGCGAGGUGAGGACAGUGCAGCGGCAGAGUCUGACGGAGAGAGUGGUUUAACGUCCGAAGAUGAGGGAGACAUCCAGUGUGAGAUCCUGGAAAUUCAGCGGGACGAAGCCAAUCAGAGGCUGUCUGAGUUGGAGGAAGUCUCCAAUCAGCUCUUGAAAGAGAUAAAUGUCCUGGAGAUGCAGUUCCAGAUUGAGCGCUCCUGCAGGGAGAGUGCUGAGGCGCUGGCUGUCAAGGUGACCAAAGAGAACAAAGUCCUGAAGAGGAAUAGCCUGAUGCUGAUGCCGCUCAUCCCCGAGCUGCCUGAGAACUUGGGUGCCGUGACCUUUGACCCCGAGACUAACGGUGAGGACGUGGUCGAUGUCGGUGAGGAGACGCUGCUGCUGGAGAGUCAAGCCAAGAUAGCAGCGUUCCAGAGCACAGUGGACGGCCUGCUGGCUAGAAGCUGCAACUGGAGCAACAAGUGGAGGAUUGACAAGGAGCAGGUCCAACUCAGAGAGCAGGUGUGUCUGGAGGUCGAGGAGAAAGAGGUCAUACUGAGGAAAGUGAGCAAACAGAGCAAGACCAUGAAUAAAAUCAAACGCGGUGAUCUCCAGCUUGGCAAAGAGGAGUUCACAGAAAUGUCUCAGAAGCGGGUGGAGCAGGGCCUACGGCAGCACGCUGAAGUCUUCGCCCACCAGAUAUUGGUGCAGCAGAAUGCGGCCCACAUUGAGAGCGCGAUACUGAAGCAGAGUUUAGAGACUGGCCUGCAGCUGCAGCAGGCGCUGGAGCAAAUUUCCAACGUCAGCACGGCCCUGUGUAACAUACAACACUAUUACCAGAAUCAGUCGAACCCGGGUCCGAGCACUGUGGACGAGAGCGGCGUCCUCUCUGAGCUGCAAAACCUGAGAGGACAGCUGGAGAAGAGCGAGGAGGAGAGGAAGGCCUCGGAGACUCUGCUGGCUGAAGCCAACAGCACUGUCACGGAGCUCCAGGAGGAAGUGAAACAGUUGAGGGAUGCACUGAGCCGGGAGGAGGAAAAAGACAAAUCAGAGGAGAAAGCCGCUCCUGCUGCACCUCCACCGCCGCCUCCUCCCCCUCUUCCACCUCCCCCUGCUGUCACCAAUUCACUUGAUUUUCUGCGAAGCAGGAGAAAAGAAAGCGCAAGUAAAGCUGAAUCAAACAAAGCAGCACCCUUGUUGGACCUGAAGGCGAAAGCAGUGGAUGAAAUGAUGGAGAGAAUAAAGAAAGGCAUCGUCCUGAGGCCUUUCAAGAGAAUACAGGAGGAUGACAGCUCGUGGAAGGACCAAAGGAGUGAGAACAGAAAGUCAGCUAUCGUGGAGUUGAAAGGAAUGCUGGACAACAUGAAGCGACAGCACGUCCGCAGAGUGCCUUCCAGACGGGGCCGAACUGUUGGGGAAGCAGAGCUCCUGCAGGUGCUCCAGAGGAGGAGGAGAGCCAUGGGGGAGAACAGGGAGCAAACACAGGACCCUCAGCCAGGUCCACAGUGUGUCCCAGCAGCAGGCGAUGUUCCCUGGGCAGGCGAGAGCGGCAGCGCCCCUGUGCUCCGGAGGCUGAAACAGAAUAGAGAGAUGAGAGACUCUCGCAUCAGAGCAUCGGCACUGAUCAACUGCCAAGAAAACUGAGAGCAGUUACAGGAAGUCCUAUUGUCAUUGCCGUUUUGCACGAUGAUGAGUUUGUUGAGUAAGCUGCACCUGCAAUAAAAAUAAAUAA